AAGGCCAUCCUUUGAGGCAUAGAUGGAUCCAGCGUCAGAGUGCCACAGGGGUCCUUGGGAAUGUGACCCCUGGAUUCUAUAUGGGACAGUGUAGGAUAUCUUCAUUUCCAACACCUCAGCUGGGAUGUGACAAACUGACACUGCUGUGGACUGACACUACUAGGACUGGGUGACAAGUUAACGUGUCUGGAAUGCCAAACGACGGAUGGGAAUUUGCCACUUGGACUCUUAUUUGCUCAGACGCACCUGCCAUGGUGUCGCGCUACGACCAGCUUGAUUGCAGCAGAAGCCCCAGCAGGACUGAGAAUGAGAGAGUGAAAGAGGGCUGAGUUCACUGGGUGACACGUUCAUCGGCGGGAAUAACACAACCAGCGUGUCCGACGAGGAGCGGAAACCAAGCGGGGAGCUGAAUCUGCCACAGUCCGUCCGAAGCCCCGCAGUGAUCCCGGGAGCCGCAGGACACCGGCUCCGAGAUUAAAGGAUGGCUCCACUGGAAACAAGAUCAUAGUGAGACACAUCUCCAACAUCAGUUCUGAGCACCAGGACCAACAGUGGCAGCAGGAGAUGAAGGUCUGACUGGAGACCAGUGGGUGACAGAAGGCACGCCACAUCUGCCAUCAGCCAUGGCGGCCCUUAAACGGCAUCAUGACGGGAAGAUUGCUGGCCUGUAUGACCUAGACAAGACACUGGGACGCGGACACUUUGCUGUGGUGAAAUUGGCUCGCCAUGUUUUCACAGGGGAGAAGGUGGCUGUGAAGGUGAUUGAUAAGAACAAACUGGACCCGGUGGCGCGUGCUCACUUAUUCCAAGAGGUGCGAUGCAUGAAGCUGGUGCAGCAUCCAAAUGUGGUGCGUCUCUAUGAAGUGAUCGACACAGCCAACAAGCUCUACCUCAUCCUGGAGCUGGGGGAUGGAGGGGACAUGUACGACUGCAUCAUGAAGCACGAGGGCGGCCUGAGUGAGGAGGUGGCCAAGUGUUACUUCGCCCAGAUCGUCCACGCCAUCUCCUACUGUCACCGGCUCCAUGUGGUCCACAGGGACCUGAAGCCGGAGAAUGUGGUCUUCUUCGAAAAACAAGGAGUGGUCAAGCUCACUGACUUUGGCUUCAGCAACAGGUUCCAGCCCGGGAAAACUCUCAACACUUCCUGCGGUUCUCUGGCCUAUUCAGCUCCGGAGAUCCUGCUGGGGGAUGAAUAUGACGCCCCGGCUGUGGAUAUCUGGAGUCUUGGGGUGAUCCUCUUCAUGCUGGUAUGUGGUCAGCCCCCCUUCCAGGAAGCCAAUGACAGCGAGACCCUCACCAUGAUCAUGGACUGCAAAUACACCGUGCCACCGCACAUCUCCCUGGCAUGCAGAGACUUGAUCAGCCGCAUGCUACAGAGGGACCCAAAGAGAAGAGCUACUUUGGAGCAGAUUGAGUGUCAUGAGUGGCUCCAGGGUGUUGACCCCUCCCCAGCAACCAAGCUGUCUACCCCACUGGUGUCCCAUCGCAGUUUGUCUGAGGAGGAGCACGGCUCCAUCAUUCAGCGCCUGGUGCUAGGGGCCAUCGCUGACAGAGACGCCAUCACUGAGGCUCUAGAGUCGGACCAGUACAACCACAUCACAGCCACCUACUUCCUGCUGGCUGAGAGGAUGCUUCGAGAAAGACAAGAGAAGGAGCAGCACUGUCAGACUCGAUCACCGAGUCCCAGCAAGGCUCAGUUCAGACAAUCCUGGCCCACCAGAGUUGAUGUUCAUCAGGACGUCCAUGAUGGCCUUGGAGGCCCCCCGAUCUCCCACCCUGGGGGGCCACAGUCUCCUGCUCGCAGUGCUGAGAGUCUUCACAAAGGCCCCAGGCCCAAAACUGCCUUGUCAGACCUCAACCAGCGGCAGGAGAACCACACGCCCUCAUCCGGCCUGCAGGAAAGAGGAGCACGACCUCUGCCAAAGCCGCACUCCAACCCCUUGAGACUCGGAUCUCUGUCCUCCGUCUCCACGGGGAAAACUCGGAGUCCGAGCCUCUUUAGUGUGGAGGAAGACGAAGAGGAAGGGGAUGAUGUGUGUCUGUCGCCUUCUUCAUUGUCAGCUCAGGUGGUGCUUCGGUGCAAAUCUUCGUCUUCGGCCGGGAAUCGGCUGACAUCCCGUAUGAGUGCUCCGGUUCUGAACCAGAUCCACGAAGAGGAGACAGAGGAAGAGGACGUGAAGACGGGACUAGGACCACCUAAACCCAGCCUAAGCCUCAAUCUGACCUCCAGAACACCACUAGCACUCAUGUCAUCCUCAAAGUCAUCUGGUCUACCAACCCUGACCCCCAACUCUGAAACCAGCGAUGAGAAUUCAGAUGGGGCGCACGAACCCGACUCUGUCUUGGGGGUAAGUCCAAGUGAUGUUAAAGAGGAGGUCAACAGAAGUGAGGGAAGUCCUGCCAGCCCUGGAUCGGGUUCGGCGCAAAGUAAAAACAAAGCAGCCAGUGGUCUGGUGGAGAGCCUGAAGAUAAUGAGCCUGUGCUUGAGCUCGCAGUUCCACAACCUCACCACUGGAGGAGGAGUGGGGGGCAGUGGCGCUGUUGCUGUUGGGGAAACUCACGAGCGCCCCAUGUGGAGGAUGUGUAUGGGUGGCUCUACCGGCAGCCUGGACAAAGUUUCGCUUUUGGGUGGCCCCUCACCGAGGGGCAACCUGUACCAGCACCAGCCCCAACUUCCUGAGGCACUGGCGGACCCACUACUAGAGGGCGCUGGCUCAGCUACCCUCAGGCUAAGUGAGCUGGACUUGGCCAGAGAGAACCACAGGAACAUAAAAAACCGCCAAUUGCCUCUGCGGGACAAGACUAUCAACAUUCACCGAAACCCAAAGGAGAGUCUGCUCUGUACACCGGCCCCCCACAGCUGCUGCCAAGUCAUUUAGGGCGCCAUCGCACUCCCUCCUCACCUCUUCUUUUUUUCUCCUCACUAUGACACGUUUACUUUCUGAAUUUAUAUGACUUAAUUUUGUUCUAUAAUCUAGAUCUCAUAUUGUGUCACAAUGUUUUUAUUAUUAUUUAAAGUUUGACUGCAAUAAAGAUGGGCAUUUUUUAUUUUUUUAUUUUACACUGCGUUUCGAUAAUGAACAUAUUUUACAGUAAACUGACCUGUCCUGUUCAAUGGUGCAUAAAAAAGGACUCUGAACACAGUUUGGACACUCUUGAUGAAGCAGACGGCUAUGAAAGGGAUUUCAGUCAAAAUAGAAAUCAUUUUUGCUAUUGUAGACUUUGCAACUGCUGUUUUGAACAAGACCUGUUCCUCUGUUUAAAAUGUGCUGACACCAUUUGUAGCUCAUUGGGCUUCACGUUCCAUGGAGUUGUUUGAGAGUUUGAGCUCGUGCUGUCGAGCUGAAUGCCUUUGAAAAUACAUACAAAUCCUUUAUCAAUAAUAUAGCCCCUCCCACGAUGAAUAAACAUAUUUUGUGAUAUAUUAAUCGAACGGCAACUUGUCCGGGACUCAGAAAUCGUCACUUGAGAAUUGCAUCACAUUUUAUUUUGUGAGUAAACUGUAUUGGCUGUGACUGUUUUAACUUUUUGUGCUAUUUGAUUCACUACCUGCAAGGCCACCAUGAGAUAACCUCAAAGUGAUGCUGCCUAUCUUAUAUUAUCAAUGCUAAUUUAAAUAUAGAUUCCCCUGUUUAGCCCAUGAAGAGGAUUUUUUUUGUAGUUGUGUGUUGGAUCACUGUGUUUUAUUGCACUUAUUUUGACUAAGAAACAUAUAGCAAUGUCUCAAAAUAUUGAUUUCAUUUUGACUGAAACUAGUGUUGAGUGAAGCAUUGAACAAAUGGGUUUACAGCAUAUCACUGUUUUUAUUUGUAUUUAUCUGGGACGAGUUUGUAAAUAUGUGAAUAUGCAGUUUGGAGUGCUGUUGUUUUUGGCUGUGCAGUGGUAUGGCAGUAGAACUGUGUACCUAAACACAAGUUAACCAGCGCUGGGUUUGUCGCUUCGCAGCAGAGCAAGAACACUGCAAUAUAGUCAACAUAUACUCACUGCUGUUUUGUAAAUAACAAAUGCAUCGUCGGAUUAAAUCCAUGGUCCACCACAACUUUGGGUUCGGGAACAUGGCUCCUGAAGAACUAGGAAUAGGACUGCAAAAACCUAUGUGGCUAGGUAACAAGUGCAAUUUUAAGAGAAUUUUCAGGGGCAACAUAAAAGCCCCCACAGUAUUUAAUGUUUCCCACCACAAACUACAAUUGUGCGAUUCACAAAAACAACUGCUAUGCAGUGAAUUUGGCUUUAAUAUGUUUAGCCCCAAGCAAAAACAGCUUUAUGUAGUAUAACUUUAAAUAAAACGUGUUGGAGACAUGUCUACUAUUCUACUAACUCUUGUGCUGACUUGAUGACACUUAAACAUGAACAGAGACAUUUAGCUUCCGAGGCAAGUUAUGAACACAAAAGUAAAUCUUCCAUGUGUUACAUUGACUCACUGAGAAGCAGCAGAAACUGAAGUAUGCUUCCUUGAAUUCUGCUGUGAGGCGAAAGAACAGCUCCUGACCGUCAUGGUAGCCACUGUUGUAGCAUAUUCCAAGAUAGAAAAGAUGAGAGGGGUUGAAUAAAUAAAACAAACAACCACCUCCCCUUGAUCUAUUGAUCUGUAUAUCUGGAUGUGUGAAUCCUUUCACUGGACAGUGCAUGCGUUUCCUUCUGUAGCAUUGUAUUCUCUCACAGUGGUCAGUAGAAGAGUGUACUGGUCACCUCACAGUAGCUGCAGUGCGUUAGUGGCAACCACAAGAACAACACGUGCCAUCAUUCCUGUCUGAGCAUUUAUGUACUGUAUGUAAACUAUAGAGAUCUAUUAAAGCUAUCUGAUGUGAGAAGCCGCUGCUGUUUUCACUGACUUG